UUCCGAACCGUGUGAGCUGUGAGCAAAUCGUUUUCAGCCGACAUCUUAGCGAGAGUAAUCUUGGCCCAGUAUACCUUAUUGUUGUGUUUGUGCGUACCGUGGGCAUCAUCAAUCAGUCACAUGCUCGUGAUGAAUGUAGGUGUGCAACAAUGCCUAUAAUAAUGUGAGAGCUAUAAGUGUGGAAUGUUGUUUAUCACCCUAUUUCCAAACUAUUAAUUUUGAAAGCGACCGGCGCCAAUUCUUCGAAGGCAAUGAUACGAAGUACCAGCGUAUGGAGAGGGGGUGUUGGAAGCAGCACCACCUUGUUUCAUGGUUGGCCGUGGAGCAGAAACGUCUGUGCAUCGCGACCCAUGCAUGCAAAACGAACCAUAUGUUUCCCGCUAAACCGGCAGUUAAUCCCGAAAGUAAUGGAAAGGAGGCUACUUUGUCCGGCAUAUAUCGAUCGAAAAUCAAAUGUGCAUUCAUAUAGAGUGCAAACGAUACCAAAUAACUUCAGCAUGCUCAAUGCCCGGAGUAUCGCAAGUGAUAAUAGCCAUAAGACGGAUAGUAGGUCUAGACGGUCGGAACAAAAAGAGGUACAGUCAUGGCAACAAAAAAUAUCCCCAUACGCAAAAUUGAUGCGUAUCGACAGACCCAUCGGUUCAUGGUUACUUUUUUGGCCCUGUGGAUGGAGUAUAGCGCUUAGUGCCCCAGCGGGUUGCUGGCCGGAUCCGAUGAUGCUAGGUUUGUUUGGAGUCGGAGCGUUCAUUAUGCGAGGCGCCGGAUGCACCAUCAACGAUCUAUGGGAUCGUGAUAUUGAUGCAAAGGUUGAAAGGACUCGAAAUCGACCAAUUGUAGCAGGAGAAAUUGCCCCAUUCGAUGCGCUUGUGUUCCUGUCGGGUCAGCUAGGUGUGGGAUUGUUUGUGUUGCUCCAGUUAAACUGGUACUCGAUCCUGUUGGGUGCUAGCUCAUUGGGACUAGUCAUUGUUUAUCCUUUGAUGAAACGUAUCACCUAUUGGCCGCAAUUGAUGCUCGGAGCAACCUUCAAUUGGGGAGCAUUACUUGGCUGGAGCGCUACACAAGGAUCGGUCGAAUGGUCCGCCUGCUUGCCACUAUACGUCGCUGGAGUUUGCUGGACAAUUGUGUACGACACUAUAUACGCGCAUCAGGACAAGGUGGAUGAUUUGUUAAUAGGAAUCAAGUCAACAGCUCUGCGCUUUGGAGACAAUACGAAACUGUGGCUUAGCGGAUUUACGGCAGCUAUGCUAGCUAACCUGGUUACUGCUGGACUGGUGUGUGAUCAAACGUGGCCAUAUUAUACCUCGAUCGGGCUCAUUGGAGCCCACUUAGUUCAUCAGAUUCACUCUCUAAACAUUCACAACCCAAAGGAUUGUGCUACCAAAUUCAUUUCGAAUCAUCAGGUAGGAUUUUUACUGUUCCUUGGAAUCGUCCUUGGAACGCUGUACAAAAAGAAUAGCGAUGAUCGAACAAAAGGCUCAACAACUGCCACUGGUACUAGCAGCAGCAGCAGUACGGGGGGCCAGCUAAGUGCAACGGUUACCAGCGCGAGAAAUAUUGCGGUAUAAAAUGCUCUCGACUUUCUGGGUUUCGUAUGUACCUCUGAAGUAAAGGUCUCCAUAAUUCGGCAGACGAGAUACAUACUUUAGUCCACGAAGUUGUGCCACCCGAAGUUGAUGUGUAUUACGAUGCUCUGUCUGAAAUAUUAGGAGACUUUUGCUAUUGCCUAAAAUGAGUAUAAUAUAAACCAUAAAAAUCA